UCGGCUAGUCCAGCAGCUUGGCUCCCUUCCUUAGGUGUGGUGACUGUCCCAGAGCCCAGGGCCCAGGAUCACAGUGUGUGGACCGCUAUAGAGGGAGGAGAGUCCAGGUAUCCCCAUGGCAACUGCCAGCCCUCUGGGCCAGUGACGUCACCCUUCUGGCUUUGCGUGACUCGGCGUCCGCAGGAGGAAGCUGGGGAGUCCUCGAAGGGGGCGCACCUCGCCUCCUUCUGUGCGUGGCGGUCCCGCCCUGAUCCCUUGGAGGGCUUUGUUCUUUGUUCUGGUGUAAGGGGAAGCUGGGUGCCGGGCCCCGCCCUGCUUGUCCACCUUCCAACAUUUACAUUCUGCAACAGGUGUGUCUUCCUGUAUCCGAGCCCGUAGGGGGUGUGAGCCGCGAGUGUGCACAGAGGUAACGGGCCGGGUCUGUGGGCGCCCAGAUUCUAGGGUGGGCACUAAGGUACUUUGGCAGAACCUGCCUACUCGAUCUUCAGUUUAUCGGUAGCCUCACAAGCCUCUCUAGUACUCUUCUCUUGUGCAGGAUGUCUUGGCCACUGUUAAGACUCUGAGGUGUGAUUGUGACGUAUGCUGCUGACUCCAUCCUGUGUCUGUUAGGGCAGCCAACCCCAGCGUGUGUAAGGGCUCCGAUUCUACAGGGGAGCUGGACAUCUGAGACUGAGAGGUACCAGCUAGACGCUGCCUGGGAAACCUGGUGCCCAAGUUCCAGAGGAACGGGAUGAACUCCUGAGAUGGAAGAUCCCUCUUCUCCAGACUCUGUCCAUCUCCAAGAGGGAUAUACCCUACUCCCAUCAGCCAGUUUUCGGGAAUCAGUGACCUUCAAGGAUGUGAUAGUAGACUUUACCCAGGAAGAAUGGAAACACCUGGAUCCUACACAGAGAGAUUUGUUUAGGGAUGUGACUUUGGAAAAUUAUACACAUCUGGUCUCUAUAGGACUGCAAGUUUCCAAACCUGAAGUGAUUUCCCAGUUAGAACAAGGGACAGAGCCAUGGAAUGUGGAGCCAGGCAUUCCAGUAGGUACCUUUGGAGACUGUGAUACAAGACCUGCAAAUAAUGUAUCACUUCCAGAACUGGGCAUUUCUGAAGAUCGGUCUUCAGAGGCAACAGUGGAAAAACACAAAAGGGAUGAUUCUUGGAGUUCCAGUGUCAUAGAAACUUGGGAAACUGAAGGCAGUCUAGAGAGGCAGCAAGCAAACCAGCAGACAUGGCCUAAGGAAAUAAAAAUAACUGAGAAGACAAUACCCACUUGGGAGAGAGGCCCUAUAAAUAAUGAAUUUGAAAAAAGCAUCAAUGUAAAUUCAAGCCUUGUAACACAGGUACCAGAAACAUCUUCAGGACAGACCUCUGCUAAAACAAGUGUCAAACAGAAUUCACACCCAAUUAAAAAAGAGAAAUCUUGUAAGUGCAAUGAAUGUGGUAAAGCUUUUAGUUAUUGUUCAGCUCUCAUUCGCCACCAGCGUACACAUACUGGAGAAAAACCCUACAAAUGUAAUGAAUGUGCAAAAGCUUUCAGCCGGAGUGAAAACCUCAUAAACCAUCAAAGAAUUCAUUCUGGAGAUAAACCAUAUAAAUGUGAUCAGUGUGGAAAAGGUUUCAUUGAGGGUCCAUCUCUAGUACAACAUCAAAGAAUUCACACUGGAGAAAAACCCUAUAAGUGUGAUGAAUGUGGAAAAGCCUUUAGUCAGAGAACCCAUCUUGUUCAGCAUCAGAGAAUUCAUACCGGUGAGAAACCAUAUACUUGUAAUGAUUGUGGAAAAUCCUUUAGCCAGAGAGGCCACUUUAUGGAACAUCAGAAAAUUCAUACAGGAGAAAAACCUUUUAAAUGUGAUGAAUGUGAGAAGACCUUUACCAGGAGCACACACCUUACUCAACAUCAAAAAAUUCAUACUGGAGAGAAAACCUAUAAAUGUAAUGAGUGUGGGAAGGCCUUCAAUGGGCCUUCAACGUUUAUCCGUCACCAUAUGAUUCAUACUGGAGAAAAACCAUACGAAUGCAAUGAAUGUGGGAAAGCCUUCAGUCAGCACUCAAAUCUCACUCAACAUCAAAAAACACAUACUGGGGAGAAACCCUACGAUUGUGCAGAAUGUGGGAAAUCAUUUAGUUACUGGUCAUCCCUUGCUCAACAUCUGAAAAUCCAUACUGGAGAAAAACCUUACAAAUGCAAUGAGUGUGGAAAGGCCUUCAGUUACUGCUCAUCCCUUACUCAGCAUCGGAGAAUUCAUACCCGAGAAAAACCCUUUGAAUGCAGUGAAUGUGGAAAGGCUUUCAGUUAUCUCUCUAACCUUAACCAACAUCAGAAAACUCACACUCAGGAGAAAGCCUAUGAAUGUAAAGAAUGUGGGAAAGCCUUUAUUCGGAGUUCAUCUCUUGCUAAGCAUGAAAGAAUUCACACUGGAGAGAAACCCUAUCAGUGCCAUGAAUGUGGGAAAACCUUCAGCUAUGGCUCAUCCCUUAUUCAGCAUAGGAAAAUCCAUACUGGAGAAAGACCUUACAAGUGUAAUGAAUGUGGGAGAGCCUUCAACCAGAACAUACACCUUACGCAACAUAAGAGAAUUCACACAGGAGCAAAGCCUUAUGAGUGUCCCAAGUGUGGAAAGGCCUUUCGACACUGCUCAUCUCUUGCUCAACAUCAAAAAACUCACACGGAAGAAAAACCCUACCAGUGUAAUAAAUGUGAGAAAACAUUUAGCCAGAGCUCCCAUCUGACUCAGCAUCAGCGAAUUCACACUGGAGAGAAGCCCUAUAAGUGCAAUGAAUGUGACAAAGCCUUUAGCCGGAGCACUCACCUGACUGAACACCAGAAUACUCACACUGGAGAGAAACCUUAUAACUGUAAUGAAUGCAGAAAGACUUUCAGCCAGAGUACAUAUCUUGUUCAACAUCAGAGAAUUCAUUCAGGGGAGAAACCUUUCGGAUGUAGUAAUUGUGGAAAAUCCUUCAGGUAUCGUUCUGCUCUCAACAAACAUCAGAGACUACACCCUGGCAUGAGUACUCUAGGAACAUCAUAAAUGUAGGGGCUGCAUUUACUUUGGCUUGUCCUUUUGUUAAGCACCGAAGAAUCAGAGUGAAUUGUGAAACUCCAUGAAAUACUUUAACUUUUUACUAUUAUACUAUGGAAUGAAAAGUACCUUGGGUUGAACAAAUCCAAUUGUUAUUAAGUAACCUUGUGACAUUGGAAAACUCAACUAU